AUGUUUACCUUUUCGACUAAGCGUCAGUGGACGCCCGAUGGGUCGAUCGAUUCCGAAGACAUUGCGAUCCGUGAGAGAAAGAGACUCCGUCCGCUAACUUUACGCACUCCACCGGAUAUCUGUCAAACUUUCUGCGAAGCCAAUCAUCUGUUCCCUCAGUUCCAUCUCUCUACUUUGACACCAAUUGAGCCUUCGGACGACGACAGCAAUGAUCAACACCGGUCUGACAAUGCGGCCCUUCCUACCACAUCUUUACAUCGCCCACUUCCUGGUUCUUCGUCAGAUUCGUCGAUGGAUGUCGACACUCUCCUAUCGUCGAUAAGUGGUGACGGUCUGUCGCCGUCGUCAAUGAGCACGCAGCAUAGUCAUGGCAGCGUUCAGCCGUCGCCCAUUCCUCACAGCCUCAUCAACCAGUCAUUGAACAUUGAUGGAGGACAUCCGGCUGCUAUUAAUCAAACACCUUUCGCCAACCCAGAUUCCAAUGUCGCCAUGGAUCAAGAUUUCAUACCUGGAGCGGAGGUUUCUGGCUUGCAUCCGAAUGCUGCAAGAAACCAUGAAACGGUCUGGUGGACCCUUCCAGGUAUCCCCAGCCCCAUUAGUGAGGAUGAGGGUGUUUGUGUGACUGGUACCGGCACACCGGCGAGCGAGGCUGAAAUGUCAUAUACAACAUCUCACCCCACGUCAUCCCAUUCAUAUGGCGCCCACCAUGACCAGGCACUAUGGAACACCGAUAUGCAAGCACCAUCUACCAACAACAUCAGUUGCGAAGAACCCGAACCAUCUAUCCCCGCCGCAAAUACGGCAUCGAACAAGAAGAAAUUCAAUAUAUUCAUGGGCUAUCGCGCUGACUGUGAUAAAUGUCGACAAAAGGUGCCUGGUCAUUACAGCCACAUUAUACACACUUGA